AUGAUGCGCUUCUUCGAGGGCCUGAUGCGCUAGGUCAUGGAGCGGCAGAAGGAGAUGUAGCAGCGCUUCAUCGAGGCCAUCGAGAAGCGGGAGCAGGACCGGAUGAUCUGCGAGGAGGCAUGGCGGUGCCAGGAGGUGGCGCGCCUCGCCCGCAAGCAGGACGCGCUCGCCCAGGAGCACUCCAUGGCCGCGUCCUGCGACGCCGUCGUCGUCUCCUUCAUACAGCGGGUCACUGGGCAGACCAUCCCGAUGCCCUCCGUCGCGCCGCCGGCAUUAUUCAUGACACAUCCGCCGCCCUUGCAGCCAACACAGCAUCAUACGCCGCCGCCGUCGCAAGAUACGACGCCGUCGCCGUCGCCAUCACCGUCUCGGUGGCCCAAGGCGGAGGUGCACGCACUGAUCCAGCUGCGCACGGAGCUGGAGGCGCGGUACCAGGACUCGGGGCCCAAGGGCCCGCUGUGGGAGGACAUCUCGGCGGGGAUGCGGCAGCUAGGGUACCGCCGGAGCGCCAAGCGCUGCAAGGAGAAGUGGGAGAACAUCAACAAGUACUUCAAGAAGGUGAAGGAGAGCAACAAGAAGCGGCCCGAGGACUCCAAGACCUGCCCAUACUACCACCAGCUCAACGCGCUCUAUUGCAGCAAGGCGCUCGCCUCCUCGUCCGGCACCGGCGUUGCCGCCGCAGCGGCUCCUCCGCGCCCAGCUCAUCAUCAGGCAGCAGGUGGUGGUGUCACCGUCAUGGCCGCGGUGCCGCUCUCCCAGGCGGCGCCCCACAGCCGCAGGAGCAAGCAGGACUGCAGCAACGGCAACGGCAAUGGGUGCGCGGGCAGGGGCAGCAGUUCGGACAACGGCGGCAGCUCCGUCCAAGGUGCUGGCAGCGGCAAUGGCGUCGCGUCGAACAACAAGCUGCUGAUGGGCUCCUAUUUGGAGAAAUAG